UUAAUAAUUGCAAAUAAAGAGUAAUUAAAAAUUAAAUAAAAACCAAAUUAAAAUACGUAAAGAUAGCAAAAUGGUUGGUAGUCGUCAUUUGCGAAGAUUAGUUAAGAAAGAAAGGGAUGAGAUAGCUAGAAAAUUAGAACUUGUCCAACGCCAAGGAGUAGAAAGGGAAAAUCAGAGAGAAUUGGAUAGCGCAGAGCUAGAUAUACAAGAAAAUAAUGAAGUAGUGCAGGAAGAUAUUGGAAUAGUGCAGGAUGGCUUGGCAGAGCACCGACUAAUGGCUGCGAUUUCGAGUUUGGAGAAGAAAGUUGAUGCAUCGUUUUCUGUUCUGGAGAAGAAAGUUGAUGAUUCGAUUUCUGGUCUGGAGAAGAAAGUUGGUGUUCUGUCUGAAACAUUGGUGGAGGUGGUGGCUCUGCUGAAGCUUCAGAUCAAAAAAGAGCCUGACGUAGACAAUUUCGUGAAAUUUCCCAUACAGUCGACGAUGGAGUUGGAGCAUUUAAACUCUAUUAUAACUCCAGAGCUGACCGAUUUUUAUAUCAACAAAAUAAAGAGCUUAUUGGGGACGAGCUCAUCGAUGGCAUCCAGUUUGAAACACGUGCUGGAUGAAAAGCUGAUAUUGGAUUACAAUGUGGACGGAACGUCGGGGAAGAGCUCUUUGAAAAAUGUUAAAGAAUUUUACUAUGUCCUGGAAUCGGCGGUGAAGAUUAAAAUACCCGACGAGCCAGCAGACAAAAUAAUUCGGAAGGCUAUUCACAACAUCAAGAAUAGUCAUUUUCAGAAGACAUCAAGGGCAAAAAAAUUCAAACUAGACAAUAACGAAUAAUCAUAAAUAAAAAUAA